AUGGCCGGUGCCUUCCUGGUGGCCUACUAUAGCAUCAUUUCUGAGAGUUCAAUCAACAUCUCCAACGCACGAGAUUUGGAUCUGCUCAUCUCAGGUCUAUCCAACAUUGAUAUCGAUGACCCACGUACCAUCACCACCUACUCGAAGUGUCAAUCCACCUCGCCAUGGAUGGAGCGGUUUUGGCAGGCUCUAAAAUUCUAUUCAACAAAAAGAGUAUCCAAUUUUUGCAACAGUUGA